AUGUCCAUCUCCGAGCGGCAAGCCGUUGCGAACAGGCACCCGUGGACACUGCCUCAACUCACCGAGAUGGACGAGCUCGUGCAGCCUAUUACUCGAAGACCGCCAGGAGACACUCUCAAGCCAGCAGCCGUGACAAUGGGCAGGGCAGAACUCUCAAGGCGGAAGACUCAUUACUAUGAGGAAGCUUUCUCAGGCAGGUGCAUUAUGGACACGCUCCGUGAGAGGAUACAGAGUGACUCCAUGGUCGUGGUUGAAUUGAAGACCAAUGUCAUCAUCGGCGAUGAAUUCAUCUUCAUCACCGAGCUGAGCGCCAAGAUUGCCGAGCGCUAUCAAAGGCCUCUGUCCUCCGUCGCCGUCCAGGUCCAGCACUCUGCCUGCAUAUUCUUCGCGGGCACGUUCGAGCCCGCAUAUACCCUGACGCUCUCAGCUCUGGGCCCAUAUGUCCAACCCAGCACAAAUCAGCGCAAUGCCUACUUGCUGUCGGAGCACCUCGAGGAAGCACUAGGCGUGCCGCCGCCCAGGGGCUUGAUACGUUUCGUCGCCAUGGCAGAGAACAAUAUGGCACUCAAUGGGAGGACUCUGGCACAGUCUCUGGAGGAGGAAGCAAAUGGUAACGGUUCCAUGGGCGUUAUUGACGAGGAGCAGCCAGCGAUUUUCGCUAGGCAGAAGAGGUUGAGCGUCAAGCCCCUUUCGAACAUCAAGGCGUCGCCUCUGGCUGGUGAGAUCACCCCUCCCACGAGCGUGGAGGAGACCACGCCCGUUGGCGAGAAGAGCAAACCCGAGAAAGUAAAGGUGGCCAAACGCAGGAAGAGCUUUGUGGCGGGCCUGUUCGGACGGCCGGGCAACAGGAAGGAAAACGAGAAGCAGGUACCCGAAAUGCCUUGA